GACGCCGUGCGGCUGCAUCAGAGCAGGGGCGCAACGCGACAGCUCGCAGGAGACGUUUCUGUUUUUUUCCGCUCCCGUUAAUUUUUACCACAGCGGGUCCAGCGUAGAUCCACAAUGGAGACCAAACCGGUCAUCACCUGCCUUAAAACUCUCCUCAUCGUCUACUCGUUCGUAUUUUGGAUAACAGGAGCUAUCCUGCUGGCGGUGGGAGUAUGGGGGAAGCUGAUGUUGGGCCCGUACAUCUCUCUGAUAGCCGACAACUCCACCAACGCCCCGUACGUCCUCAUCGGCACCGGGACAGUCAUCAUUGUCUUCGGCCUGUUUGGCUGCUUCGCCACCUGCAGAGGAAGCCCAUGGAUGCUGAAGCUGUAUGCCAUGUUUCUGUCACUCGUCUUCCUCGCUGAGUUAGUGGCGGGCAUCUCUGGAUUUGUGUUUCGCCACGAGAUCAAGGGAACCUUCCGCAGAACGUACACUGAAGCGGUGAAGCACUACAAUGCCGAGGAUGAGGCGAGCCGUGCCGUCGAUAACUUGCAGCACAAGCUGCGUUGCUGUGGCGUUUAUAACUACACGAGUUGGCUUGAGAGCGUGUAUUAUCCCUCAAAUGGCAUUCCUGCCAGCUGCUGCUUCAACUCCUCUGACUGCCAACCAGAAGACCUUCGCAACGCGACCGUAGCCCCGAGCAAGGUGUACCACCAGGGCUGCUUUGAGUUGGUCACUUCUUUCAUGGAGACCAACAUGGCCAUUAUCGCAGGAGUGACGUUUGGGAUUGCGUUCUCACAGCUGAUUGGCAUGCUGCUGGCCUGCUGUCUGUCCAGGAUCAUCACAGCCAAUCAGUAUGAGAUGGUGUAGCUGAUGUGAGGCGGCAGAGAGGGAGUUGAAGAGAAUUAGAGACGAAGACUCUUGACACACGACCAGAGUAAAUUCCUGAAACUCUACCCAACAUCCGAAUUGGAAUUUACGUCCCUCCGUCUCUCUGCCUGUGAUCUUAAUGUAAUAUCUUAAUGUAUCUUACUGUAAAGCACCAUUCCAUGACUCACUGCAGUUGCACCACAGCUUUCUAUACCACACGUUCCAUUGCGGCUCGAUGUAGAAGUUGCUCACCGGCACAUAUCUCGGAUCAGGACGGCCCACGGCAAGCAGGUAGACCAGAGUUGUCUUGAGUGGACAGCGGUGUUGGUCUCGGGUAGAUGAGCGGGCUCAAACUUGGCUUCUCAGUUGGCUGCAGCAUGCUUAAAAAAACACUGCACAUGUUUGUACUAAAUGACUUUACUAACGCUUGAGAGCAAUCCUUUUACUAGAUAGGUUCAGUUGUUGCAUUUGACUUUGCUGUCGCUCAUCCUUGUGUACUCCUUUGGUUGUGACACUUUGUGAAUUGAUUACAUGCACUGAGGAGGAUGUUUUAGGUUUAUAUGAAAAGUGAGGAAGCUGAAAAAGAAGGGGAAAGAUUAUUUUUAACCUUAAGACAAAGCAUGAUAUAUUUUUCUUGUCUAAAAUAAUGUAUUUACGUAGUUUAAAAAUGAAUGGCACAGGUUUAAUGAUAUUUUGAAACUUUAGUGUGGGAUAUGAAUACCAAACUACAAAAUAACGGUCAACUUUGCGCACAUUUUACAGUCUGUCAUUAGUUUUACAUGGAAUGAAAUGCAGUCCGUUCAGCAAGUCACACCUUUGAGGUCAGUCUAAAAGGCCUGGUCACACCAAUUGUCAGUUAGCAUAUUAGUGUAGAUGGCAUCUCUGCAUCUAAAGGACAAAGGGCACUCUUUCGAGGAUGCCAAUGUUCACAUGUCGGACAGAGAAGACAGACGGUUGGAAAGAGGAUUUAAAGAAGCCAUUUAGUUCCAAUGUGAACGACCAUCUUUGAACAGAUGUGGUGGCUUACGACACCAACUGUCUGCCAUCUAUAAUGCAGCUUUGAGAUCCCUUCCCAGACGCCUUAACGCCCGCUCAGAUCCUGGGCCUUUUGACAUGAUAGGGUGGGGCUAGGUUUCACAGUGGGUUCACCUGAAACCUUGGCCCACACCUGUUUUCACACCUUGGCCUGUGUGAUUAGGUAGAGGAUCAAUAGAGAGGGUCCAUUCUUGGGGGACACUCCCAUAGGACUCCCCACUAGUUGCUCGUAAAAGUGAAGAAGCUUCUCGGAUGAGAGGUGAAACGUCUUCAAGGAAACUUAAAGAAGUCCAGACGCUUGUCUUUCCAAGCUCCUUAGAUUAGUGUAGAUGCUAACUCAAAUCAGUUUCUACAAAACACAGAUUAUACCAUUGAAUGCUGUCUGAUAACUGUAUCUACAUUUUUUUUGGUUGGUAGAGGAGGGUUAUAGAUAAAUGUUAAAGAAAUUGGACUAUCCAGUUUAAAAUAAAAAAAAACAACAACAGAAAAACAUGCAAACAUCACCUAAAAAUCUUUUCACUACUGCGAGUUCAUUUAAAUUGACUGAUUUUGCUUCAACACCGGUGUGACCGGGUUUUUUCAGGCUCUGAAUUAGACCUCUAGUAAUCAGUAAUUGUUAAGGUUUCUGCGCUUCAGCUUCCUUUGAGGAGCAAUCAAAGGCCACAUGUGGGGUUUUUUGAGGGUCAUACUUGUAAACCUGAAUAUGAAUUAAAUACAAAAAAAGGCCCAGACUUUCACACAGUCUCUGCAAGCGCAUUUAGAGUGUUGCUGAUAUAGAGAACAGAUGGAAAACAGGAUGAAAGUUGCCUGCAAGGGGAAACAAGGACUUAUAUGACGCAUACUGACACUUUAGUGAUGUUUUAGUACUCGUGUUUGUGUUAUUAUAUGUAGAAAAUGUAGAAAUUACUGGCAGAAUUUAGCUUUAAAGAGACCCAUCUUACUUUUUGCUUCGUUCUAGUGGUUAAGAGCUCGCAGAGCAGCGCUUUACAGCUUGCAAGUGUCAUGUUGAAUCAUUAGGGUCGCGAAUUGUUUUCUGCUGGUUUGAGCUAACGUCAGCGGUCUGCUACGGCAAAGGAUGUCAGAUUUAGCAGGAAGACACGUGUUCAUCUACUGUAUUGUGUGUGGUGCCAUGCAACAUGCUUAAUCAUCGUCAUCAUCAGCUGUAGAUAUGUAUCGGAAAUGUAAUUUAUAUGACAUACCGUUUCUCAUUCUAAUAUGCUAAUCAGUAUAAAUGUUGUGUCACAGUUUUGAAUCCACACUUUGUGCUGUAUUUGUUUAAUAGUUUAUAGGAAGACCCCGCACUGAAAAAAAGAAUUGUGGCCGAUGUUUCGUUGAGAGUAACGCGCAGUUUAGCUGUGUAUUUAUUAGAGUUCGGUUGGCAUUCAGUUUACACUUUCACCAAGUGGUUUUCUAUCUCUCUUUCGGUAUGCGUGUGCGUGUGAGACUUUGUUCCUCUGUAGCUGACUAUCUCUGUAACCUUGAGCGUGCGUGUAAGCGAGAGAGUGCGAGCGUCUAGACUCUGUGGAUCCUGUUGUUAUUCGGUUUUGGUCAGUAUUUGGUUGUGGCUUUUCAAAGCUUGUUGCUUUUGAAACUGUAUAUUUAUUUAGUGAAUGUAUGUUUUCCAGCACCCUUAAACUUACUUUACCUUUCUCUGAACUGAUAUUGUGCUGUAAAUACUAAAUUGUAAUACCAUCCUGCUUACACAUGGGGUCACUAGACACCCAAAGAAGAACUGCACCAUGCCGUCUACUAUCGACUAAGUCACCAUCAGUGGUCUUAUUAUCAAUAAAUAUACAGAAUAACA